AUGCGCGCUGACUGGAUGCCUACGCUGGUAGUCACUGCUUCUCUUGCUGAUCAAAAGAACGACGAAUUCUUCCUUGCCGAUGCCAACUGCGGAAUGACGGUCGAAAACACACUACGAUUACUGAGAUUGCUGCCCAGCCACCUAGAUUUUGUUCUCGAAUCGCCCUGCGCUACCUGGCACGAGACCAUCUCACUUCGGCGGCGGACCGGCUUCCCGAUAAUUUUCGAUGAGCUAGUGACAGAUACCGCGUCCCUCGUGCAGCUCAUAGCUGAAGACGGAGCUGAGGGCAUCAAUCUGAAGAUCGCCAAGUGCGGAGGGUUGACGAAAGGUCGCCGGAUUAGGGAUAUCUGCUUGGCUGCUGGGUACACUAUGACUGUGCAGGAUGCUUGGGGUUCGGAUAUCUCGUUUGCGGCGAUUGUACAUCUCGCACAGACGAUUCCAGAGCGCAAUCUACGGUGUAUAUUGGAUGUGAGGGACUGUUCUACGGUUAAGGUUGCAAGAUGCGAAUAUGGACUACAUGAUGGUAAUGUUACGGCGUCGCGUGAGCCUGGUCUGGGCAUCACUCCUCACCUAGACGUGCUCGGAAAACCUGUAGCAAGUUACUACACUGCUCGUGUCAACCCGAUGGCACCUCGAUCAGCUGCCCUUACCGGCCUCUACAGCCACGAUGAAAGCCCCAAUAGCCGUUCAAAAAGGCACUUCUACAGGUUAGGUGGUGCGACGAGAGACACCAAGUGGGUGAAGAAGAAGCGAGCCUGUGAAGAGAAACCCCGUGAAGUCAUUGAUGACGACAUCCAUCGUGGAGAGAGAGCCCACGGACAGGAGGAGAUACGAUUCGAUAGCUUUGGGCAUCGUCGGAUGCACAGGCAUGACAGGCCAGCUUCCGGUGGAGAUGUGGCCAACCCCAGGCCAAGCGUCGUCAGCAUCGACACCUCCGAGUCUCAUGCACCGCAGUACUGCCAGGCAAGUACACAUCAAGCGCCUAAAGCUCAUGCUACCGCUGAUCAAGAAUCAGUCACCGCUGUCGUCAUCUCCGAGCCUUCCUUCCCGCCGUCAUCAGAACGCAGUGAAAUUAUAUCUCCUAGCAAAGAUAAGGCCCUUCCACACAGAGGCGCUCGAGGCACGGACCGUGACAGCGACGGGACCAUACUGGUCGAUGUCGAUAGUUCGGAACCUUUCAUCCCAGCUCCGACGAUGAAAACGAGCUGCCAACCUCCAGCCACCCCGGUACGUGACAAGGCAAGGCGGUCUGGCAUGAUACUCGAUCGGUCUACCCAGAACCGUAUAUCAAUCGCCUCGUCCUUUGCUAGCAACGUGUCUCUGAGCAACCUACGGGCACCGUCCGGUAGCCUAUCUUUGUUUCCCGACCCGCUGCGCACUCCUAACAGGCGUCCACCCACCGUUGCGGAGCGCAGCAUCAACAGGCUGCCGCGCCUGCACCCAAUGCCCACCAUCUAUGGGGCAUACCGUAAGCCUGACACGCAUACUGCUGGACAGUAUACAGACGUUAGGCCUCCAAGGACUUCGACCGAUCGCCAUAUUCCCGCGGGACAGAAUGCUCAUGGCCAGGACAAUGUGAGCUUACCUUCAAGCCCGGAGUCGGACGUAUUCGAAAUUUCGCCGUCUGCGACACCGGCGGUACGCUCGAGGCCGGUGACGACGUGGGGUGCGUGGUAUGACAAGCCUGCGUUGCCGUCAUAG